CCUAGGCGGUUCCGUUAGCGGCGGGAGGGAAAACCGUCCCCGGCGUCCCCGCCUCCGCUGCUAACGCUUUCCUCCCUACUCCCCCUGCGACCACCCUGCCGCCCGCUACGGAGGCCCCCGAAGUACAAACGUCCCCCAGGCCCCGCGACCCCCCGCAGAAGCUGCGUCCCGGCUAAGCCCCCGGGCCCCGUGCUCGCUUUUUGUCUUUUUCGUUGUCGUGGGUCAGGAAUUGGCACCGGUGAGUUCCCUCGGGCGGCAGAAACUUCAGCCGCUUCACGGAAGUAAAAGUUACACACACCCCCUCCUCCCCCUCCGCCGCCCAGGCCUCCCGCAUUCCUUCCCUCCCGCCUAUACGGAGAGCGGCGGGCGGGGGAGGAGGAAGCCAGGGCGCCUGCGCGCAGAGGCCGCUUUCCAUCCGGGUCCCUGUCCGUGCGGUGCAGCAGGUCGGUAGGCGGGAAAUGGCGACUGGCUGAAGGAGCCGAUUCUGUGGCUGCUGAGGGAUAAGCGGGAAAGACACCACCUAUUGCGCAGUCGGGACCAUCGCCGGAGCCUGGGGACACUUUUCUGUCGUCACAGUGAAGGUUUACAUGUGGCACCCAUAAAAGAUGAAGCUGAGAACACGGAAGGCUUCUCAGCAAUCCAGUCCAAUCCAAACACAGCGCACUGCCAGAGCAAAAAGGAAAUAUUCAGAGGUUGAGGAUAGCUUGCCUUCAGGAGGAGAAAAACCAUCAAAGAAUGAAACUGGCUUAUUGUCUUCAAUUAAAAAAUUCAUUAAAGGAAGCACGCCCAAGGAAGAGAGAGAAAAUCCUUCGAAACGGAGUAGAAUUGAACGUGAUAUAGAUAAUAAUUUGAUUACAUCAACACCAAGAGCUGGAGAAAAGCCUAACAAACAGUUGUCUCGAGUAAGACGGAAAAGUCCAGUCAAUGGAGAAGCUGGUAGUUAUGAAAUGACAAAUCAACAUAUAAAACAAAAUGGGAAAUUAGAAGAUAAUCCUUCCUCAGGUAGUCCUCCAAGGACUACAUUGCUGGGGACCAUAUUUUCCCCUGUCUUCAACUUUUUUUCACCAGCAAAUAAAAAUGGAACGUCAGGCUCGGAUUCCCCAGGACAGGCUGUGGAAGCCGAGGAGAUAGUGAAGCAACUAGACAUGGAACAGGUGGAUGAAAUCACUACCAGCACUACGUCAGCUAAUGGAGCAGCUUACUCAAAUCAAGCAGUUCAAGUGAGGCCAUCGAUAAAUAAUGGUUUAGAAGAAGCAGAAGAAACAGUUACUCGGGAUAUCCCACCUCUUACAGCACCAGUAACUCCAGAGAGUGGUUACUCAUCAGCCCAUGCAGAAGCCACCUAUGAGGAAGACUGGGAAGUAUUUGACCCCUAUUAUUUCAUCAAACAUGUUCCGCCUCUGACAGAAGAACAACUAAAUAGGAAACCCGCUCUUCCUUUGAAAACGAGAAGCACACCAGAGUUCUCCCUGGUCUUAGAUCUGGAUGAAACACUAGUGCACUGUAGUCUGAACGAGCUGGAAGAUGCAGCACUUACUUUUCCAGUCCUUUUCCAAGAUGUCAUUUAUCAGGUUUAUGUGAGAUUAAGACCAUUCUUCAGGGAAUUCCUUGAACGAAUGUCUCAGAUGUAUGAGAUCAUUCUUUUUACUGCUUCUAAGAAGGUGUAUGCAGACAAGUUACUGAACAUACUAGACCCUAAAAAGCAACUGGUCAGGCACCGGCUUUUCCGAGAACAUUGUGUUUGUGUACAAGGAAACUAUAUAAAGGACUUAAAUAUCCUUGGAAGAGAUCUUUCCAAAACUAUAAUAAUUGACAACUCACCGCAAGCCUUUGCCUAUCAGCUUUCUAAUGGAAUCCCUAUAGAAAGUUGGUUUAUGGAUAAAAAUGACAAUGAACUCCUAAAAUUGAUUCCAUUUCUGGAGAAGCUUGUAGAACUGAAUGAAGAUGUCCGACCUCACAUCAGAGACAGAUUUCGCUUGCAUGAUUUGCUGCCCCCAGAUUAAGUUCAGAGACUUGUCAGAUCACUGAGGGGGGAGAGAGAAUGCAGGACCCUUUGGACUAAGACAAAAACAUUGCCAUUACUGUUGAAAUUUUGCAUUUUUGUACCCCGUCUUGCUUUUCUUAUCUUUGGUGCCCAAUAAUAAUCAAGGGUUACAGAAAGAGACUAUCUCAGAUUGAACACAUACAGCGGGUAGGCUAGAACAGAGGCGUCUGUAGAACUAGUACAACUCCAGUGAAACUUUUUCUGUACAGGACAUCUGCAGUUGAUCAAGAAUUCUGUGUCUGCCACCAGCAGUUUGCCCUGUAUACACAGGAUUUUAUGAUAACAACAGAGGUGAAAGUGGACUCUCACUUCUCUCUGUUCGGUGCUCUCAGUGGGUUUGUAGCCACUCUUCUGUUACUAUUCUCAUUUCAACAGGAAUGGCCAGUAAAAAGUUGUUUUAUUUUUCCUGUUAAGGUUUAUAACCUUUUUACAUUUCUGACCUGUAUUAGAUUAGAAUCUCAUAAUGCAUUCCUUUUAGUUGAGGCGCUUCAUAGUUUUCUGGAAAUAGUCAAUUUUUAGUUUGUUUUUUUUUAAAUAUACAUUUGAAUGGCCGUUUUCCUGCUUUGUCUGCCUGCAUAUUGUAUAUUUGUUUAAAAAUAUUCUCUACUUUUAGUCCAUGUAAGUUUCAUUUAAAAAAAAAACAUGCAUUUAUAUUUUGUUCUGUAAUAUUCUACUGUAGGUGAAAUCUUCAAAAAUCAAGAGACUGGGUAGGUAAGAAUAUAUGAAUGACUAAUAUUCAAACGAUUUGAACCAUUGUGAUGACAUGUAUUCCAGAUGGUAAGAUCUUGAAAUGGCACACAUUCAGUGGAUAAAGGUAUACCUCAGACUUCACUGUGCUCACUAACCUUUGAGGAGAACGAGUUCAGUCUCCUGUUGGGCUUGAUUCAGUUACUGCUGCCUUUGGUUUUCUCCAGGAAUGAAGUAUUCAGCACAGUGACUCAGUAUUUACUUGGCAUGGGCUGGUUAGUACCUCUGUUAUGCUCUCGGUUACAAUCAGUUUAAAACUCUGUGUAACAGUCUUGGUACCUAACAGUAGCUAUGCAUAAUCCUGUGGCACAGUACACUCCCGGCCACCAGUGCAGUUAAUAUGCUCAUAGUGGUUUUCUAUGCUAUAUGAAAAUAGUCGUCACGCCUUGGUUCUCUAAUGCAGCUACCACAAGAGGUUGAUAUUUUUAUAGUGGCGUGUAAUCUCCUUUUCAGGGGGCUUUUUAUGGAAGGUAGAAUUUGUAAGAGUUAGUAUGCUUUGCCUCUCAACUGCAUUAACAUGCCGCAGGCUCAGACUGUUUUUGUGUAAAGGAUGUCAAAGAACGGCACUUUUUCUAAAGAGAAGUUUGAUAUUUUGUAUGCUUGUUAAGAAAGUACAGUAUUGGAAAUUAAAGGUGGACAACUGAUAAUUGAGGAGUAUGUCAGUUAAUUUUUUAUGUAUAUUACCUGUUUACUUGUACAACUUACUGUACAAAUUACAUGCAGCUUCAUUUUCAAAUGAAUCCUUAAAAUAAGGAAAUCUUUUUAGGAAAACAUUUAAUUUUUGUAUUUUUGAUUUUAAAGGCAUGAGUUGUCAGUUUUCAGUGUAUUAAUGAAGAUUUUAACUUUUCAUCAGGUUGAGUGUUUUCUUACUAUAUUAUCUGUUGUGUAUGUAGUUAGCAUAUGUGUCACUGAACUGUUUAAAAACCUAGCAUGUAGAGCAAGCCUGUUUUGUGGAAAAUCCUUAUUCAUUAAAAAAAAAAUAAUCAUGGCAGAUUUUCUGCAAAAAAAAAAAGCAAAAGCAUUUGCAAUUCAGAAUACUGAUUUUUUUUUAUUUUACAAAGGGUAUUUUGCUUGCAAGAACAAUACUACAGAUUCAUUUUAAUGAGAAUCUUUGAAGUGUAUUUAUCUUUAGGGCACCUGGGCAUCUUUAUGCUGUUUGUCUUAUGUCUUUCUUGAAAUAAAAUGUACAUACGUUACCUUUACAUAUGCUCUUGCUCAAAAUUGUGAACCUAGUUAAUUUCUUCCUGAUCCCAUCAUUUUUAUGCUAGUAUAGCAAACCCCAAACUUAUACAAGAUCUAAAUUUUUGACAUGCAUAAUUAUUGAAAGUUUUCCUGAUUAAAUGAAUACAGUCUCAAAGUCCUUCCCACAUCUUUAAGGGGAAAUGUAAACACUUAUACCAUUGUGCCUGUUGGCACUUAAAUGAUAAUAAAGCAGGCGCAUUCAAGGAGAGCUCCUUUAAGUCAGCUGAGUAAGAAUGACAAAAUAUGUUGUGGGAAAGUUUAUAUGACCUGAGAGUCGAGACCAAAUUAAUUAUUAUUUUUUCCAUUGCUUUAUUUGGGUAAUUCUAAAGUUGUUGACACAAAGUGUAAAUUACAAAUAAACAAUUUAGCCAGCUCCUUCCCAUCUCAGUAGAUUAUCUUCCAGUCAUGUCUUUGUUGGUAGCUGUAGAACACUUCCAUUUAGGUAGUGGGAGGUGUAUAGUUUUUGAAUUGAGACGUGCCCAGCUGUCAAUGCACACAGUAAACAUGACUGUAGUAAAUGCAGGGGCCAUGGAUCCACGAGGCACAGCAAGCUACCUGUGUACACAUUACAACUCUUAGGACCUAUUAAAAUUGUGCUAUUUCCGGUUAUGAAUGUUUGACUUUUAAGACAUUCUUUUAAAUAUUUGUAUCAUUGUUAGAGAAUGUUUUAAUUGGUUGUAUUUUUUAAUCCCAUGUAAUAUAUGUAGUCCUGACCAGAUUUACUACCAUUUUUCUCUGGGUCCUAAAAGAGAAUUGAUGACAAUUCGUAACCAGAAAUUGUUUUAUAUUUGCUAGUAUGUAUAUUUAUUUAUCCAAUGGCUUUAUUUGUUUCCCAAAAUUGUAUUGGGACUUGUUGAAAGCAUUGUGUGACUUCUAUAAAUGGCUAUUUUCUUGUAACUGUCAGUAAUAUGGAUGUGUACAUUGUUUUAUAUAUAUACAUAUAUAUAUAUUUCUCGGGGUAAUUUUUUUUUAGGGUUGACAGUGUUUUUUUUUUUGUUGUUGUUUUGUUUUUUAAGUUACCUUUUGCCAAUGACUUUUUCUGCUAGCUUUUACUUUCAUUCAGCCUUCUAACGGAGUUCAUUCUUAUUGUGUUGUCAACUUGCCUGUAAGAGAAACUUCAUCUCAUCAGUGAAGAAGGCGUUUCAUUAUUCCUACAAGUCUUACAGCAAGCACAGAUUCUUCAUAAGGAUCAGAUCUCUUCCGCGUUUGUGUCAGUCACAUAAAGGACACAGAAACCUUCCUUUCCUUGUACUGAUCUGAUGGUGUUAUACACUACAUCACUAGCUAGUUAAGGUUUUGUGACCUGACUUCUUCGUCUUCCUAGGUAUUUAUUUGUUACCUCUUUAAAUCUUGUAUGUCUAAAUUAACUUAGAAUAGUUACCCACCGAAUAACUAUGCCAAGAACUAGGAAAGAAUGUUUAUUUUAUUUCCCCUUAUAGGGGAAGAGUGGACUGGGAACAAAAAUGUAAGGCCAAGAGGCCUUAGGUUGUCAUUCAUUCAAUUUCUUAUUCCUCUCUGGGCUGUAUUUGAUUUUUUUUUUUUUUUCAGUGCUAAAUGUAUUUGAAUAUAGCAUUGCUUUUCAUGUCUUCCCUUGAGUUGAAAACCUGCUAGGAAUUUGUAUAAAAUACCUUAAAAAGUUUUCAGUUAGAACCACAAAACUCAGUACCUUAUAUUUGAUGCUACUUAAAUUAUUGAAAUCCAAGUCACACUACUAGGAUACAUUUUCAUAAAAUGUUUCUCUGUUAUCUUGAACUGAAAUUCGAUUGUAAAUCAGUUUAGUCCACAAACAUGUUUUGAGAUCCUUUUAAAAAGGAUUUAAGAGAACAAGUUUAUUCUAGUUUAUGGUUUACUACUAUUAUUUUAAGAUACAUAGUGAUUCCCAAAGCUGCCUGUUGAUCAGAAUUACUCUGAGGAACUUGUAAACUACAGACUCUUAAAGCCUACCCCCUGGGAAGCUUUCUCACGGAACAUGGAUGGGAGUUGUGUGUUUUUAAAGUUCUCCCAGUGAUUCAAAUAGACAACUUUGGUAUAUUCCUGUUCUAAAUAGUUCGGUUUGAGAAUAGGUUACAAAAGUUCACCAGGCUUUUUCUCUGUGGUAGGGUUUUUUUGUUUUUGUUUUUGUUUUUGUUUUUUUUCUUUCUUUUCUUUUCUUUUUUUUUUAAAGCUGGGACCAUAUUUCACAGAACUUAUUCAAGAUAUGAGGAGGAAUAAUGAAGAUUGAGGCUACUGCUCAUUAUCAUUUUUGUCAUUCAUACUUUUUAAAGAAUUUGUGUUUAUAGAACUCUGAAUAGCUGAUCAUUUACAUAGCUGAAGGACAUGUCCCUGAAUGAGACCAUUAUAUAUAUUAACUAAAAUAUUUCACUAUUUUUUUAUUUUAUAAAUCUUUGUAGAAAUGAGCAAUGAAAUGCUACUUUCAUCUUUUGAAAUGGGAUUUUUCAAGGUAGUGUCCUUUUGGUAUUAAGGUAGAGAGGAGUUAAUAUUCUCUCUACUUAUUUCCACAUGAAUCAAUAUGAAGUCGUGGACAUUUAAAAAUCUCAAUUUAAUUUCUACUUAUUUACUAUGCAGUAUAGCCGUGAACAAGUAAUGUAGAUUUAGUUUUCUCAUCUUCAAAUGCCCUGAUCACCCUACCUCACAGGGUUGUUGUGGGGAUAAAUAAAACUUUUAUGGAAGUA